AUGGCUGGGCAGGAGAAGCGGCUGUCGCCGCCAACGCCGGCGGUGAACGGCGAGCACGGCGCCAAGAAGGCGAGGGCGCAGGCCCUGGUGCCCGUGGUGAAGCAGGAGCCGCGACAGGGGGUGGAGCGCGAGGAAGGGGAGGUGGCCAAUGCAGCGGCGGCCGUGGCCAUGGCGGCGUCCACGGAAGCCCUGGUGGCGUUGGCGCCGGGGCCGCCGGCGCUGAUCGACGUGAGGUUCGAGGUGGCGCUGCUCCACUGCAAGGUCUGCCUGCUCCCUCUCAAGCCGCCCGUGUUCAAGUGCGAGUCCGGGCACGUGCUGUGCUGCUACUGCCGCGGCGGCCACGUCGAGGUGUGCGGCCGCGCGGACAUCCACUGCGGCGGGAUGGACGCCUUCAUCUGCGCCGCCAAGGUGCCCUGCUCCUACAAGGGCUUCGGCUGCGAGCAGUACGUCGUGUACCACCAGGCCGAGCAGCACAAGCGCGCGUGCCAGCACGCGCCCUGCCUGUGCCCGGAGCUCGGGUGCGGCUUCCUGGGCACCCCGCCGGCGCUCAUCGACCACUUCGCCGCCGUCCACUCCCGGCCAAUCAUCGCCGUCCGCUACGGCCGGCCCUGGAACCUGAGCCUGCCGCUGGCGCAGCGCUGGCACGUCGUGGUCGGGCAGGAGAACCAGAGCGUGUUCCUGGUCACCCUGGGCGAGCUCGGCGCCGCGGCCACGGCCGUGUCGCUGGUGUGCGUCAGGGCCGACGGCGCCGCCGCCGCCACCGGGGCGCCCCAGUUCUGGUGCAAGCUCUCGGUGGAGCACCCCGGCGGCGACAAGGACAAGGUGGUCCUGAUGGCAUCGGCGGUGGGCAGCAGCACGCUCUCCAGCGGCGCGCCGGUGCCGGGGCAGGGCAUGUUCCUGGCGGUGCCCCAGGAGCUCAUGUCGGUCGACACUCUCGCCAUCAGCGUCCGCAUUGAUCAGGUUCAGCCCGUUGUUGAUGCUGCUGCCGCGGCCAAGGCAAUUCCACCACCACCGGCCAGGACAACGAGGAGAUUCCAUUGAAUACUUAUGG